AUGGAAAGUUCCCGAGGAAAGAAAGAUGACCGAGACUCCUGGCACGGAGUCCUGGACCCUCGCAAAAGAAAACAGAUUCAGGAUCGGCUGGCACAGAGGGCCAGAAGGAAACGACUGUCAGCAGCGACGAGUGGCAAGGACACAGCUCAGUCAGUGGUGGCGCUACAUGGAUCCGACAAUAACAAUACUUCACCUGAGGCAGCCAGAGGGAUCAAUCUUGAUUCAUCACAGCUGGAUAUGGACCUUAACAUUACGGCCGCACCAUCUGUCACUUUGCCGUCAUCAUCUUCUUCAUAUCUUUCGAUGCCAACCGAGGCCCCCGGGGCUACAACCCCCCCGUCGAUCUCAGCAGUAUCUUCCUCAAUGACACUGACGGCGCCGUUACCAUCAGAUCAUCUGUUGCACCCCGAGUCCAAAAUCAGUGCGAUUCUGGCUCUCUCGAUCAACGGCCAUAUCUUGGGUCUCACCUGCAGCGAUUCAAAGUUGAUCCGAUCACGUCCUCAACCACCCAACAUACCGGAGUCUCUCUACCCGACGCCGCUGCAACUUUCGAUAGCUCACCACGACUGGAUCGAUCGAUUCCCGUUUCCAAGAAUGCGGGAUAACAUGAUCGCGCUGAUCGAUGUCGUCGAUUUCAAGGACCUGUUGUUCGACUUCUUCACCAUGCCGUCGUUCACUGUCAAUACUGGUGCGGUUGCCUGGGAUCCUGGUGCAUGGCGGAUCAGUCCCGAAUUCAAAGAGAAAUGGGGCUACCUCUUCUGUUGA